AUGCCUCCAACGCAACGAGCCGACUUCCACCACAUAGACGAGUGCGAUGGCGGACCUCCCUCACCAAAUGAUGGGUCGGAGAAGCCCCUAUACGGACACAUCUACCUCGACGCCGCAGCAAACUACACCUUUUGCCCCGUUCCCAUCCCAAAACGGGCAAGGCGUAAGGACAUAGCGGUCACUGGUGCUGGUGAUGGCGACGGGGUGUACGACCUAAGGCUCAAGUUCUUUGGAAACGGAUAUUUGGAAAUGAGCGUUCCUCGCGCACUACUUGAGGGUCACCAUAAAUUAUCUUCUGGUGCGCCAGAGAGAUUCUAG